AUGUCUUUUACCAGUUCGACUGCCAAGCCACCUCUCGUCGAGGUUGACAGCCUCGAGAUACAUGUUCUAGUGAAUGACGAGAUUGACCAAAUCUCACCGAGCCCAAAUCCUCGAGUCCAACACACACAGUCUUUUGCUGGUGUUCCUCUUAGCCGAGUCCCUGACCCUGCGGCUCGUGGUGGGGCUAACUGGGAGAUGCCAAUGCGAAAUAUCUGCUGUGGCGCCCACGGCCUCUCCCUGUUUAUCACGGCAACGAAAGACGGCCAAAGCCGCACGCUCCUCUUUGAUGCUGGGCCGGAGGAAGACGUGUUCGAGAAGAAUGCGAAACGAUUGAGACUCCAGAUGAGUGACGUGGAAGUGAUUGCACUCUCUCACUGGCACCGAGAUCAUUCUGGUGGUUUACUUUCCGCCAUUCGACUCAUCAAUGACGGCAAAGCCGAAGGCGCUUCUGUGACCGUCGCCCUACCCCCGGACCGGCCAGACUACCGAGGUGUCAUGUUUGAAGAGCCUAUCUCUCUCGAGCCGGAUCCCACCCUCGAGGAUAUUCAAGGCGUCGGAGGAAAGGUGAAAGUGAUGAGCCAUGCUGGUACUGUUCUAGACGGCAUGUUCCUGGUCUCUGGUGAUAUUCCUCGGCGAACAUCUUAUGAAGGCGGGAUUCCCGGUGGUAUCAGAUACGAUUCAGCAACCGAGAAGUGGACUUCAGACGAGUUGAUCAUGGAGGAGCGUUUUGUCAUGUGCAAACUCAAAGGUAAGGGUCUGGUCAUUUUCACAGGCUGCAGUCAUGCUGGCCUAAUCAACAUCGCCAAGAACGCCAGAGAGCUUGAUGAGAGUCCUAUUUAUUCCAUCGUCGGCGGUUAUCACCUGGCGGAUGCGUCUGCCGAGAAGAUGGACCACAGUAUCAAGGAUCUGAAGGACCUUGAACCAGCUCUGCUCAUGCCAGGGCAUUGUACGGGGUGGAGGUUCAAGGGACUCAUUGAGAAGGAAAUGCCUGGGCAAAUGGCUCCUAUUUUCGGUGGCACCAAGUACACCCUCUAG